AUGGUCAAACGAUGUUCCUGGGGCACGUGCGACUCCGACACGAGGCAUCCCGAAACAAUAAGCCACGGGGUUUACUUCUUCCCAUUCCCCAAACCCAGCCAAAACAUGGAGAAAUGCCUGCUGUGGAUUGAGCUGUGUGGCAGACCACACAGCCAACUCAACCCGUCACUUAUAAACAACAACACCUACAUUUGUUCCAAGAGAAAGCUGUCCUCAAAAAAUACUACUGUGUGGAAAAUGGUUAAAAAAUCUGUUCCAAGCCCAACAGCAGUGGAUGUAUCGGCUAAUUUCGAAUGGGGCUCGUACUUGGAGAAGGAAACCUCCGCCGCUGCUUCUGUUUCCUGUUUCAGACACGCUCCCCUGUGUCUCCACUGGGAUGACGUUGCCUUAGGGAUGAAAGUGGAGGUCCUGAACACCAACGCAGUCCUUCCCAGUGAAGUCUACUGGAUUGCUACAGUCAUCCAGAUUGCAGGAUAUAAAGCCCUGUUGAGAUACGAGGGCUUCGAGCACGACAGCAGCCGCGACUUCUGGUGCAGCCUCGUUUCAGGAGAGCUCAAACCAAUCGGCUGGUGCGCAACGAUGAUGAAACUGUUGGUGCCACCACAAGAUGUGCCGCGGAAAAUCCCAGACUGGAAGGAAUAUCUCUUGAAAAGGCUGAUUGGAGCCACCACUCUACCUGUUGACUUCGACAAGAUGUUUGUAAACGGCCUGAGGAGCUCGAUCAAAACAGGCAUGCACGUGGAGGUGGUGGAUCCCGUGCAUGUCAGCCACACCCGCUUGGCCGUCAUCAAGUCUGUUACUGCGGGUCGUCUGAGGCUGGCGUUCUCGGAGAAGAAAGACGACAGCGAGAACGCCCCCUCCGAGUUCUGGUGCCACGCCGGCAGCCCGCUUCUGCACCCGGUCGGCUGGUCCAGCAGAGUGGGACACCCCACAAAAACCCCUGGCCGCGUGGAAACUUACUACAACUUGAAGAAUAAAUUGGACCGUGCAUCAACCCUCUUCAAAAAGCCAAGGACCGUCUAUAUGGAGAAGAGCUUCUUUGAAGAGGGAAUGAAGCUGGAGGCCAUUGACCCCUUCAACCUGAGGAAUAUCUGUGUGGCCACUGUACACAAGGUGCUGUUAGACGGUUACCUGCUCCUGGGGAUCGACGGCUCUGCGAACAGCAGCUCAGACUGGUUUUGCUACCACGCCUCCUCUCACGCCAUCCUUCCUGUGAACUUCUGUAAAAAGAACGACAUCCCUCUCACCAUACCUCCAGGUUACGACCCUCAGACCUUCAGCUGGGGCAAAUACUUGAGCGACACAAACUCUAAAGCUGCACCACCAAGACUAAUGAACGCUGACUACCCGGGCCAUGGCUUCUACCCCAACAUGAAGCUGGAAGCAGCGAACCUGAUGGAGCCACGCCUGGUGUGUGUGGCCACCGUGAAGCGCUGCGUGGGCCGCCUGCUGCUCAUCCACUUCGACGGCUGGGAGAACGAGUACGACCAGUGGGUGGAAUACCAGUCCCCGGACAUCUACCCUGUGGGCUGGUGCGAGGUCACAGGCUACCAGCUCCAGCCUCCCCCUGGGCUCGUUAUUCGAUCUGAAAAACCGGUGGUACAGAAAAAGAAAACCAAGCCCGUCAUGUCUGGAAAAAAGAGAAAGAAAUACACAAGACAGAGGUUGCCUCAGGACCGAGCAGUAGGUCACACCGUUGAACAGACUGAACCCAAAGGCAGUGAAACUGUACAAGAUCCUCCACCUGACGUUCCUCUCAUCCAGGCUGAAAUUGACGAGGAAGAGAUUUCUUUAGUGCAGGUGAAAGGAGAGGAGAUGGAGCUGGAGGCCCCUCUUGAGCCCCUGAGCAACCUUCAGCAAGUCUCUGUCGUUGGACUCAAACGGGGAGAGGGAGGGCCGUCUCAAAAGUCAGGACUGCAUCAGGAGAGGAGCUGGGAGUAUGAACAGAUGAUACGAAGUAAGACUGCAGAAGACGGAGAGGGCAGAUCACUGGAAGACAACGCGACCGGCUGGAUCGGCACAGAGCAGAGUGGGAGUAAUAAAAUCAGACUAGACAAAGAGGCGACUGGCUGAGAAAAUGAAGCGACGGUGACGUGACUGAAGCAAUGGCACGCAGUCCCGAACAGAAGAAUUUGAAGGAAUGAUUUGAUAAGACUGCACUGACUCCAACAAAGGUAAAAAGCUGGCUGGGUUCAUUUUGAAACCUUAUUUAAAAUAUAUACCUGGGUUCAUAGAACCUCUGUUCUAUUUAAGCAUUAAUGGUUUACGUUUGUAAAUCUUAAUGUAUCGAAUUUGACAAGUUCCAGACUGUGGAGGAAACGCGUCCUCCUUAAACAGCUACACUGAAGCAUAAUUUAUUUGUCCUAAGGUUUUGAGACCAUUGAAAAUGUGACAAAAACCCGGCUAUGUUUCAAGUAUCAAGUCGCCACUGCAGCGGCAGGUGCAGCUGGUGAUCCUCAGGUCUCCAUCAGCAUGAGAGAGAGUCUGUUGCGGGGCCGCCACAGAGGAUCGUUGGAUCAAGUCAAGACUUCAAAAAUUGAGUCCAGUUUUUUCACGUUGUUAUCAGGAAAUUGAAAUAAGCAGAGAAUAAGUUCAUCCUGACAUUCAGGGAAGAUUCAUUCCGUUUUCACUGUAAGUGGAAUCCUGCUGCAGCGUCCGUACUGUCAUGAAGAAAUACCGGCAUCAGGGAGAUAACAGAUGUUUUCACGUGGGUCACAGCAGCGCGUCAGUUCGACUCACACCAUAAAUGUGACCGGCUAUUAAACCGUUUGCACUCCCCACAGAUAGACUCUGAAUCUGGUUCCCAAUACUGAAAAACAACAUUUAAUCCACUGGGAGGGGCAUCAUUGGGAUUAAGGAUCAAAUCUCUGUAUGAUCUUCAUGCAUAAGUGGACAAGUUGAUGUGGAAAAGGCAGAUUGUCACAAAAAGGAAAACCUACUUUUUUUAUAGAGAUGAUCCCAAAUGUCAAUAAACCCAGUAUUAAACCGAUCACCCUUUAAAGAUGUAUUUAAAUGUUGACAAGGUGUUUGCAUAUUGCUUGUAAGGACUGGUUAAGAUUGUUUUCAAAAUGCCUUGUGUCAUUCGAGUGUAACACGACUCUCUGCUCAUUGUUCUGAAAGUCUGGUUGAGUUGUGAAGACAUCAGCCAAAUGUUUGUUGUAAUGUUUUUAUUUUCUGCCUCGUGUCAUUUCCAGAUUUUCUUUGUCUCCUUUUGCAAAUGUGGAAUAAAUGGGGG